AUGCUCAUCAGUAAAACGUUACACCCGAAGGACAGGCCAAUUACAAAGAGGCUGAGUAUUGUUCAUCCAGUUCUGCAGCUCAGCUUAACCAGGACAGAUGAAGAGAAUAUACACUUUAUAGGAGGAGACGUUCCCGCACUCUGUGUUGAUGUUAAAAUUGAACAUGAAAAUGCGGAAGAAAUAGAUGAUCUAACUAUAGAAGAGAAUAGAAUAAAGACAGUAUUAACUCAGAAGGAAAAUGAAUUGGGUAUAGACCGAACGGUAGAAGCAAAUAGUUUAAGCAUAGACGUAACCCCAGAACAGUCUCCCAAAAGAACAGACGUAAACCUCAUAGACAAUGACAUAAUAAUCGUAGAAGAAAACAUGGGGACAGAUUCAACAAUAGUAAAAAAUGACAUCAAAACAGAUGUAACAUUGGAGCAAAGAAUCCAAGACUCAAACAUCAUAGAGACGGGCCUAACUUUAGAAGAAAAUAUCUUAAGGACAGAUGUAGACUCAAAGGAUGAUUGCAUAAGGACAAACGUAAAUCUAGGUCAAAGUAAUUUAAGGACAGAUAUAAAGUCCCUAUCACCAAAAAAAGAUGUGUGUCCAAAAGUUUUAAGGGUUGUUUUAGAGAGAAUAACACUCUCGAACAAUAAAACAGGUAAGUAA